AUGUCCCUACCACCGUUCAACGAGUCCUUCGCACCGAGGUACACAGAGUCACCGAAUCCAUCCUGGCAGUACGGCGACAAAGUUGGAGGAAUCACUGCCGCUCAACAGUGGUUGGAAGGGGAGAAGCAGGGUUGGACAUCAUUAGACACAUCGGUGGAAACUUCAAAACUCUAUCCGAUGAUGAUCAGCGGCAUAGUUCCUCGGCCAGUCGCCUUUGUGUCCUCCAUAUCAGAAACUGGGGUGGAGAACCUCGCUCCCUUCAGCUUCUUUAACAUGGUCGCCUUCGACCCUCCAGCGAUUAUCAUUUCUUGUUCGAAUAAGCCGCGGAUCAAAGACACUUGCCAUAAUAUUCGAACUACCAAAGGCUUCACUGUCAAUAUUAUCAGCGAACCUUUUGUGGAGAACGCGAACGUGACUGCCGUGGAUUGCCCGGAGGGAGUAAGCGAGUGGGACGUGAGUGGGUUGACGAGGGUGUCGAGUGUUCUUGUCAAACCAGCUCGAGUGAAAGAAAGUGCUUUCAGUAUGGAAUGUGAACUGCUUGAUGCGCAUAACAUCACUAAUCCCUCAACUGGCAUCGCGUCCAAUACGUUGAUUAUUGGCUGGGUCAAGCAUAUCCAUGUACGCAAUGAUGUGCUCAACGAGCGCGGGGUCGUCGAUCCCACCAAGUUGAGGCCAGUUGUAAGGGUAGGAGAUAUCUCCUAUGCGCGACUGGGGGACGUCUUCCGCUUAACGAGGCAUGUGUGGGAGAAGGAGAAGGAGAAGAUGCAGGGGAGCGCACAGAAGGAUCUCGCAGAAUCAGCUCAUUUAUAG